CGCGUUUGAAAAGCCUUCCCGUGGCGCCGGCCCCAGCGCCCUGCUGGCAGCUGAGCCUGGCGAGGGGGCGAGCGGCGUGCUUGGCGCCUUUGUCAGGUUCUUCAGCAAGUUUAGAUGGUUGUUUUUCUUCCCUAAGGAAGUGCUGUGCCAGCGCUCUAGGCCAGAGCUGCGGUAGAGACCUCGAAGGAUGCUGAGCUGCGACUUGGCAAAGUGAAACAUGACUGAUACAGAUGAACCCCAGGCAUCUGGCUCUGAUGUGCAAGAUUACUCUGAUUAUUCUGAUGUGCAAGAGCUGAUCAGCCAUCAGCAGCAGGAGCCAUCUGAGGUGUAUUCAUGGCAAAGGAAUACAGGAACAGAGCGGUCAAGGCAGAAGGUGGCUGCACCUGGGGAGUCUUCAGAUGAUCCUAACAGCAUGUGUAAAUCAUCAGCAGCUUCAGCUGAGGUUUUACUGAUCAGCAGUGAUUCAGAAAUUGAUGUCUCUGCUGCUCGUCCUGAGUCCUCCAUUGCACCUUCAAAGCAGAAAAAGAGAUCUCAAUCUUCAAGGCAACAAGCUGAAUCUGUUACAGAAGUACCUGACAAUGAAAGCUCCUCAGAUUCUUCACUGUCUCCCCAAAGUCCAGGGAAAUCAUUAGAAGCUUCAAAGCAGCAGAAGUCAAAACUCAAUUUGAAGGCCAUUUUUGCCUAUCACUUCAGGGGAAGGAAGUUCAAAGCAGCUGCACACCGAAAAUACAAAAUUCAGACAGGGAAGAGCAAGAAGAAAAAAAAGUAUGAGAGCACACAGAUGCCCACAGGGAGGCCCCCACUGACAGCCUCACCUCAGGAACAAAAGAGGAGGCUUCUAGACAGAGGUUUUCAAUUUCCUUUUGUUGAAAAACAUUAUGGGGAGAAACAUAUUCCCUUAAAGAUGGUUCUUGGCUAUGAGCAAGCAGCUGCAAAGGGAUAUUUCAAGUAUAUUGAAGUGCUUAAAUAUGAAGAACAUCUUAAAAAAUCUUUAAAAGCCCUUCAGGCCAGUGACGACUUAGAAAAAGAGUGUAUGGUGUUACGGAAACACAAAUACUUAGAUGAUGAAGGCCCCAUUUCCCCUAUUCAGGAGACAGAUGAUGAUGAGGACAGCUUGAAUUCUGAUACUGAGGAACAAUUUGAUGCCAGAGUAGUGGACAACAGCUCUUUCAUUCUAAGCAGUACAAUUCCCAGAAAAAAAAAGUCAAAGCCAGGAAGAAAACAUGCAAAGCCAUCUGAAGUGAUUGAAAUAGUGGAUGAAGAAGAUGAUGCUGAAGAGAACUCAGUGCCUCUGCAAGGCUCCCCUCGGUGAAUGGCAGAUGGACCAAUGAGGUAGCAGUGGUUGUUCUUCAGAUACCUCUUUCACAGGCCUGUUUGGUUUAAAACAUUGCUCUGGAGUCAGUGUUGAGCUUUCCACCCAGCUGCCUAGGCACAUUUGCCUUACUUUUAUGUUGCUUUUGGAAGAUGGAAUACCUCUUGGCUUUCUUGCUGCAUAAGAUGAGCACACUCACACUGCAGCAGCUGUAACUACUUGGGGAAUCUCUUGAAUUCUUAUGGCUGUUUGCUGACCUGAUUCACAAAUCCUUUACUUAGUGGACAUCUGUGCAACAUGGUAGCAAAAGAGGCCAUUCCUGUGAUGUGUGGAACAGAUUGGAAAGCCUCUACUCAGGAGAAGUGCACCUGAAGUCCAGUCUCAACUAGCAUCUUGGUACUUAGAGAAAGUGAAGGAAGAAGUGCAGGCUGCCAUUUUCACAGAAGUCUGAAGCUGCUUCAAGGGUGCUUGAGGAUACAGAACAAAGUGAACUGCCCUGAGUUAAAAAGAUGGAAGCAACUUGUUUGGCAGGGUCUGCUACCAAGUUGCUGCAUGUCAGAGGGAUGAGAAACACCACGGGAGCUACCAAAUCCCGGUGAUGUUGCUUCAAGCCUGCUGCAAAGAACUGCACAGCUGUUUCAAACAAAGAAUCUUCUCUAGUUUUUAUUGCAGUUUUUGGAAUUAAACACUCAUUUCAACUUGUUA